UUGUUAAUUUUUUAACAUUUUGGUGAAUUCGGGUUGCAAUUAUGGGAAUACCGUUUUUUCGACGUGUCAAUUAUUUUUUCUGUUGCUGCGAGUAGUUGGGUUAGCCAGUUUUCCCAGUUUCAUGGAACUAAGCAUUUGCUCCACUAUUCGCAGCUAGAACUAGCUGUACUCACAGAGCAUAAAGCUAUUUGCUAGCAACGGAAUACCGAACUACUGAAACUAUACAUGUGACAAGAACGCCUCCACCACGGACUUCUUGUGGGAUAAACGUACUGGGCUCGCUGCUAAAACGAUGCCUCACACCAGACGGUACACGUCCUCUGAGAGAGACAGCGGCAGCAGCUAUCAUGAUCGUUACAGAGAGAAAGAAAGGGAUCGAUGGCGCAGACACCGACACAGAAGAUCACCGACGUACUCUUCAAGCAGCGACAGAGACUGGGAUCGGGAGCGGAGAGGACGAGUUCAGAGACAGGAUGCCAGUUAUGUACGCUCAAGGAGUCGGACCUACGACAAUCGCUCAACAGAUCGCCGGCCGUUUGACCGAAGAUUCUGCGAGGGAUACAGAAGAUUGGAUCAGAGCAGAGAUAAAGAUCGCGACCAUGACCGAGAAAGGGAGCCGCACGGAGCCGCCGAAAGUUACUAUCCACGCGACGCCUCGCCAAACAUGUACGACUACCGACGGGGCCGCGAAAGGGAACGGGAGCGGGAUGAUUCGUACAGGCGAAAGGGCAGCAGGCGUAAGCACAAACGAAGGCGGCGUAGAACCAGGUCCUAUAGCCCAUCGUCCUCGCGGAGCAACAGCCGGACGCGGGCACUGAGUGUGAGGGACGACGAGGAAGGGCACCUGAUCUGUCGGAGUGGGGACGUCCUGCAAGAGAGAUAUGAAAUUGUCAGUACUUUGGGAGAAGGCACCUUUGGGAGGGUGAUGCAGUGUAUUGACCAUCGCAGGGGAGCAGCAAGUGUUGCUUUGAAAAUUAUCAAGAAUGUGGAGAAGUACAAAGAAGCAGCUCGCCUUGAGAUCAAUGUACUUGAGAAGAUCAACGAGAAGGAUCCUGACAACAAAUUCCUGUGCGUGCAGAUGUACGACUGGUUUGACUAUCACGGUCACAUGUGUAUCUCCUUUGAGCUGCUGGCUCUAAGCACCUUCGAUUUCCUCAAAGAAAACAACUACCUGCCCUACUCCAUUGGUCAAGUCCGACACAUGGCAUACCAACUCUGUCUUGCUGUAAAGUUUCUCCAUGACAAUAAGUUAACACACACGGACCUGAAGCCUGAAAACAUCCUAUUCGUCAACUCUGAUUUCACCAUGUCAUACAAUGUGGAGAAGAAACGAGAGGAAAGGACCGUGAAGAGCACAGCAGUUCGCGUGGUGGAUUUUGGCAGCGCCACUUUCGACCACGAGCAUCACAGCACGAUUGUGUCCACCAGGCAUUACCGUGCCCCUGAGGUCAUUUUAGAAAUGGGCUGGAGCCAUCCUUGUGAUGUGUGGAGCAUCGGCUGUAUCCUGUUUGAGUACUACCUGGGCUUCACCUUGUUUCAGACUCAUGACAACAGGGAGCAUUUGGCCAUGAUGGAGAGAAUCCUUGGACCUGUGCCAUCCAGAAUGAUCCGCAAGACAAGGAAACAAAAAUAUUUUUACCGAGGUCGUCUCGACUGGGAUGAGAGCUCCUCAGCCGGGAAAUACGUACGGGAAAACUGCAAACCUCUGAGGAGAUACUUGCUCUCGGAAGCGGAGGAGCAUCAUCAGUUGUUCGAUCUGAUCGAAAGCAUGCUGGAGUACGAGCCGUCCAAGAGGCUGGUUCUCGCAGACUCCCUCAAGCACCCGUUCUUUAACUUUGGGGGAAGUGGCGAAGCCACGGGCAGCAAGAGCUGGGAAGCCAAUCGAGACAUUAGCCGGUGAUCCGGAGCGUCUUCUUCAUAGUUUUGUUAUGGUACAGCAGUAUUUUUAUACGCACGGACGCCAUCCCGCUACUUCAGGGAUGCGUGUCGAGAUCUCUUCAAUCAGGAAUCUCCAAACUGCUUCAAGAGGGCAACUAUGACGAACAGUACCCGAAAGUAGCCCUCUAUGCAGCUUACGUCUUCCUCCCGAAAUGACCCUCUUCCCGUCCGACCAUGGUUAUGUUUUUCGAGGGAAUAUCCAAGAUUUUCUCGAGGAAAUCUGCACCACGCCAGAUAAAAGACGCAUGCGGUUACAAUUCAUCGACAAGAACCAGCCAUUUUCUUAAAUCCGUCGUUACCGUGCGCAAAGUUGACUUAUACGUGAAUUUCAAACUGACGCAAGUGUUUCAUGAGCCCUCGCGUCAAAUUGACGUUUCGCAUCUUAACGGUAAUAUGUUUUGGGGAUAAGAAGAUCAUGUUUGUCCAUGAAAAAGCCAAUAAGACACUCUCCACACUUGCUUUAGUCUCAUUGGUUGUUAUAUCGGUUUGUUUUUGUGUGACUUUCUGGUUUGUUUCUACAAAGUGUGAGCGCCAGGUAUGAUGCAUUGAUAUAAUUAUCCCUUAAAUGUGGGAUUAUCUCAUAGCUUUUAAGAUCUCAAUUGCCUUCUUCGGUUUUCCCCCAACUGAAGCAAAGCACACGUCCGAACGAGCCACACGCAACUGUUUGAUAUUUAUUUUUCUGUAUGUUUUUUGGAGGUGGCGUUCAAAAAAGGUCAUUGUUCUUGCCUCCUAUAUAUACAUUGAUUGUUUUUGUAUGAAACUAAAGCCUAUAAAAGUGUAUAUACUGUAUGUAUGAUGUAGAAUUAAAGUGGAAGUCCUCCUUUACAAAGGUAAA